AUGGUUUUUAUUCCGCUAGUGGGGAUAGAUAACCAUUGGAAGAGUGUAACUUUUGGUGCAAUAUUGCUUGAGAAGGAAGAUAAUGAUAACUAUAUAUGGGCCUGUGAAUCCUUCAAGAAAGUUUUUGUCAAGAAUCCUAAAUGUAUAAUCACAGAUCAGGACCUUGCAAUGAAGGUUGCUCUCCAAACUUGCUUUCCGUUAGUUAAGCAUCGUCUUUGCAUGUGGCAUAUAAUGAAAAAAUUUCCCUCAAAGCUUGGUACUGUUUUCUGCGCCGAGUCAGGCUUCAUGGAGAAACUUAACCAGUUUAUCUGGUCAGAUCACAUUACUCCAGAAGAGUUUGAACAAGGAUGGUCUGAUGCUAUUGAAGAAUUUGACUUGAGUGACAAUGUAUGGCUCAGGGAAAUGUUUGAACUGAGGAAUUUUUGGAUUCCAGCAUACUUUAAUGACGAGCCAAUGGUUGGCCUUCUCCGAACAACAUCUAGAUCAGAGAGUUCUAAUUUUUAUUUUGGCAAUUAUGUUCAAAGAGGAGACACACUUUCAGAGUUUUAUCUCUGUUAUCAAAGUGCAAUUGACAAACAGAGGAAUAACUCGAAGAAAUUGACCCACUAUGAUGAUUUCACACCAAAGUUAAUCACUGACAGAGAGAUUGAGAAGGAUGCACUGAGGCUUUACACCAGGGCUAUGUUCUAUAAAGUACAGGAGGAGAUCAAAGCUAGUAGUAUGGAUAUUGUCGUCUUGAGCAUGAAUUUUUCGGAGAAUACAAGAACAAUAAUGAUUCAAGACACAUUCAAAAAGGGAAUCACUUUCAAGGUUGCAGUUAACAUGGAAACAAACAAUAUUGAAUGUUCGUGCAAACUUUUCACCAGAGCUGGUUACCUAUGCUCUCAUGCUUUUUUCUGCCUUGGCAUAUGUGGAAUAAAAUUAAUACCAAGACAGAAUGUAUCCAACAGGUGGCUGAAGAAUGCCAUAGAGCGUUUCAGUACACUAGAGCUUGGAGAAAUAUCUGAUACUGGUACAACACAGUUAUCUAGACGGGUUAAGUCGCAGGAUUGUUGGUUUGAAUUUCAGGGUUGUCUCAGUGAUGCAUCUGGAAAUCCCGAUAUUUUGGAGUAUAUUAGAAGUGGCCUGAGUAGUAUGCGUAAGCACAUUACAGUGACAAUGAAGAAGCCAAGGACACGAUUGAAUUCUGAACAAAUUGAAGAAUUAAUAGAUUCUCGUGUUGUUGAAGAGGUGACCAUACAGAAUCCUAACAAAAGCAACAACAAAGGCAGCAGAAAAAGGAUUGUAUCUGGAGCAGAAAAGUCUAUUGGCUGUAACAAAAGAAAGAAGAGGAAGUGUGCAACAUGCAAGGAAUAUGCUUUUCAUGAUUCAAGAACAUGUCCUGAAAAAAACUGA